CGGAAGAUGAAAGCGAGUGUUUCCGGAACACGUCUCCGCUCCUGUAACAGCUGUGGACAAGCGGGUGUUAAGAGGAGUGAAAGCAAAGAUGAUUUCCCUCACCGACUCCCAAAAGAUUGGAAUGGGGUUAACAGGGUUUGGGGUAUUUUUCCUGUUCUUUGGGAUGAUCCUGUUUUUUGAUAAAGCCUUACUAGCCAUAGGAAAUAUCCUUUUUGUUGUUGGCCUGGCAUUCGUCAUUGGGUUGGAAAGAACUUUUAGGUUCUUCUUCCAGAAGCACAAGAUGAAAGCCACCAGCUUCUUUUUGGGGGGCGUCUUCGUGGUGCUGAUCGGAUGGCCCAUCGUCGGAGUGAUUCUAGAGUUUUAUGGCUUCUUUCUUCUAUUUAGGGGGUUCUUUCCGGUGGUAAUUGGUUUUAUCAGAAGGAUUCCUGUACUUGGAUAUUUGCUGAAUUUUCCUAUAAUAAGUGGGCCUUCCAAAGGCUGAGCGGACAGUCAGACAUCUUGUAUGUGGACAAAAUGAGCGAAAGCAACAACAUGGUUUAACAAAGACUGUGUUUUUUUUGUUAUUUAUGGAAUGGAUUUUCUAAGGUCAUUACCGAAGCAUUAUAGUCAAGCGAAUUUCCAUUUUAUGGAUGACGUCAGGUUUGAGUGUAUCUACGACAACAAAAAGCAAACUCUGUGGCUUGGAAAAGAAGCCACGGCCACUUCCUGCACAGCAAAUCUACGGAGCGACGUCACAUGGCCCAGCAUGCUGCACCCUGGAGGAUCACAAAGUGUAUACUUCAUGAAUGCAUACUGCAUGAUGAAGUCAGCAGAGGCUAUCUCAUGAGGGACAGUUUAUUGAAUGUGUUUAAGAAUAUUGGUUUCUAUUGACUUCUGAAAGUCUGUAUUCUGUGUUUCCUUUUUUGCCGUCACAUCUGUUUACAAGAGCCUUAUUUACACUUCCUUGUAAACUGGGAGGUUUAGCUGUGACAGCGUAUGACUAACAGCCAUGCGAAUAUGUCGUUUUCUUUUUAUCGUUGUAAAAUCUCAGCACUGGGAUUGGAUAAUGGUUCAGCUGCCAUGAACUUUUGUAAAUAAAAUACAUGUAUAUUUAAAAUAUAUAUUUAAAAAUAUGGUAUAAAGUCUGCUUUUUAUUUAAUGGAUAAAUGGGGGUGCCGCAGAACAGACUAACUUUUGUCACCCACAUUCCAUAUACAAUAAAAGUAAUUUUCUAGUAUGACAGAGCAAGUCUUCAAAAAAUCUCCAUGUAGUGCACAAAACUCAUGCUAGACAAAAAUGUAAUAAAAAUUGUACAUUUAAAGUCAUUAAGGUGAGUAAAUAACACAAUUUUAAUUUUGGGGUAACUGUUCUUUUAAAAUGAGAUUAUUUAGAAU